AUGUCUCGUGGCAACCAGCGCGAAAAGGAUCGCCAAGCCAACCUCGAUAAACAGAGAAAACUUAAAGGAGGAAACAACAAGAGCGGUACCAAAAUGCAGCAGGAGAAGGAGACUGCUGCUGAAAUUAUGCGACGAAAGCAGGCAGCUUCUGAUGCCCGCAAGGCUGGCACCGCAGGCAAGAAAUAA